CAACCCGCGCCACGGGUACCCCGGAAAAUCCGCUCAGUGCCAGCUUCACACAGUUUUUAUCAACGCAAAGCCAUAUGCACUCGCAGCAAGCCCAGAGAGGUGGGGCCGGGUACCUAGUGCACGCGAGACUUCCGACGGCACUCUACACACACGCACUCAUCGAUGGCCCGCAAUAGCCAUAAAUAUCAUUUGGAACAGCUACAAAAGCACUGCAGAGUUUGUGCUUCCAACUUCAAUGCCAAUUCAAAAGCCUCCAUGCUCCUCCAUAAAACCAGAGCAGUGGGCAGCAGUGGGCAGCAGUUGGCAUUGACCAGCACUCUUGACAUCCAGACAUUCACCCACCAACAGUGUGCCUCAGUUGCCAGGAGAAAAUGACAAGAAUGGCUAAUGGUGUAACAACACAUCUUAGUGAAGCCUACAACUGGCGGGCACAUGACGACAAUGGCUGCGGAACAUUCAUCUUGUUUCGGAGCCAAUCGGUAGGAGGUCGGCCAAAAAAGAACAGGGGUAGGCCAAGGAAAUCCACAGAAGGGUUGACCAGACUCAAGAAGUCCACGACGCCAUCCUGGGAUGCUCUCCAACCAGCUCUCUUUCUCUCUCCGCCUAGUACACGUCCCCAGCUAGAGGACCUGCAGUGCUGCAUGUGUCACUGCAUUGUCAACAGGCCAGUAGAGACAGGUUGCAGAAAAUUGGCAUGCCUAACUGCGUCGUUGACA